UCUGCAGCGGAGUCUGGAGCAGGAGACGAGGAGCCGCCUGCGGACGGUGACAAUGUGACACCUCGAGCUGGUGAGGCUGCAGGGAAGCCGGAAGAAUCGGCAGAAUUAGACGAGAGUGAAGAGGAAACGGAAGGCGGUUCUGCAGCGGAGUCUGGAGCAGGAGACGUGGAGCCGCCUGCGGACGGUGACAAUGUGACACCUCGAGCUGGUGAGGCUGCAGGGAAGCCAGAAGAAUCGGCAGAAUUAGAGGAGAGUGAAGAGGAAACGGAAGGCAGUUCUGCAGCGGAGUCUGGAGCAGGAGACGUGGAGCCGCCUGCGGACGGUGACAAUGUGACACCUCGAGCUGGUGAGGCUGCAGAGGAGCCAGAAGAAUCGGCAGAAUCACAGGAGAGUGUAGAGGAAACGGAAGGCGGUUCUGCAGCGGAGUCUGGAGCAGGAGACGAGGAGCCGCCUGCGGACGGUGACAAUGUGACACCUCGAGCUGGUGAGGCUGCAGGGAAGCCGGAAGAAUCGGCAGAAUUAGAGGAGAGUGAAGAGGAAACGGAAGGCGGUUCUGCAGCGGAGUCUGGAGCAGGAGACGAGGAGCCGCCUGCGGACGGUGACAAUGUGACACCUCGAGCUGGUGAGGCUGCAGGGGAGGCGAAGAUAUCGGCAGAAUCAGAAGAGAGUGAAGAGGAAACGGAAGGCGGUUCUGCAGCGGAGUCUGGAGCAGGAGACGAGGAGCCGCCUGCGGACGGUGACAAUGUGACACCUCGAGCUGGUGAGGCUGCAGGGUUCGGCCUUGAAUCGGCAGAAUUAGAGGAGAGUGAAGAGGAAACGGAAGGCGGUUCUGCAGCGGAGUCUGGAGCAGGAGACGAGGAGCCGCCUGCGGACGGUGACAAUGUGACACCUCGAGCUGGUCUCCGACGUCCCCUCCGCUUCUAUAGCCGUCUUAGUCUUCUCUCACUUCUCCUUUGCCUUCCGCCAAGACGUCGCCUCAGACCUCGUCCUCUGCUCCUCGGCGGACGCCUGCCACUGUUACACUGUGGAGCUCGACCACUCCGACGUCCCUUCGGCCUUGAAUCGGCAGAAUUAGACGAGAGUGAAGAGGAAACGGAAGGCGGUUCUGCAGCGGAGUCUGGAGCAGGAGACGUGGAGCCGCCUGCGGACGGUGACAAUGUGACACCUCGAGCUGACGUCGCCUCAGACCUCGUCCUCUGCACCUCGGCGGACGCCUGCCACUGUUACACUGUGGAGCUCGACCACUCCGACGUCUCCUCGGUCUUCUUAGCCGUCUUAGUGUCCUCUCACAUCUCCUUUGCGAAGGCGGUUCUGCAGCGGAGUCUGGAGCAGGAGACGAGGAGCCGCCUGCGGACGGUGACAAUGUGA